AGCUCCCUCCCGUUUCCCGUCGGACCUUAAUGAGUGUGACAGCCAGCGGAAGUAAACAAGGCUGCUGGCCGUAGCGUUAGCUGCAUGCUGCUGUUGAAUGAGCUGGAAGACGGUAUUGUAGUCGUAGAGCAGAUGAUUCUUUCAGCUGGAACUAAGCAACAAUGUCUUCAGUUGAGUGUUUGAGAGAGUUUGUCACCGAGCGACUAACUGCUGCUGCUGAACAAAUAUUCCGAGUUGUUGAAAAAACUAUCGUCGAGUACGAGGAAGAGAUCGCUCGGCAGCGCAGACUGUUGGAUGGCGUUUGGAGACCAGAAAUCAGGUUACACAGGAUAGAGCUCCCACAGCAACAUGUCUGUAAGGAGGAGGAGGUUCUCUCUGACCAGCAGCUCAACAUGCCAGUUCUAACCUCUGUGGUAUCAGAAGCAAACAGUGACCACCAGCUCCUCUCUCACAACUCUCAUGAAGCUGAGAGCCAAGAUCAGAAAGGAGGCAAGCAUGGAGACUCAGGAUCAACUAGAAAUACAGAGCCAGAACCAAAGAAGAGACGACGCAAGAGCAGAAGUCACAGCAACAACGUAGACAACACUAACGUGUCAGAGAUUCACCCUAAUACUCCAACAGAGCUCCCACAGCAACAUGUCUGUAAGGAGGAGGAGGUUCUCUCUGACCAGCAGCUCUGUAUUCAGGAGAGGAACUCCAGUCUGGACCAAGAGGACCCAGAGUCUCCACAGAUUAAAGAGGACCAGGAGGAACUGUGCACCAGUCAGGAGGGAGAGCAGCUUGUACUGAAGCAGGAGACUGAUACCUUUAUGUUGACUCCUACUUAUGAGGAAAGGGACCACAGUGAAGGUCAGACUCUGAACUUCAAUCCUCAUGAUGACACUCUAAGUGCAGCAGAGAAAGAGUCUGUAGCCAACAUGCCAGUUAUAACCUCUGUGGUAUCAGAAGCAAACAGUGACCACCAGCUCCUCUCUCCCAACUCUCAUGAAGCUGAGAGCCAAGAUCAGAAAGGAGGCAAGCAUGGAGACUCAGGAUCAACUAGAAAUACAGAACCAGAACCAAAGAAGAGACGACGCAAGAGCAGAAGUCUCAGCAACAACGUAGACAACACUAACGUGUCAGAGAUUCACCCUAAUACUCAAACAGAGCUCCCACAGCAACAUGUCUGUAAGGAGGAGGAGGUUCUCUCUGACCAGCAGCUCUGUAUUCAGGAGAGGAACUCCAGUCUGGACCAAGAGGACCCAGAGUCUCCACAGAUUAAAGAGGACCAGGAGGAACUGUGCACCAGUCAGGAGGGAGAGCAGCUUGUACUGAAGCAGGAGACUGAUCCCUUUAUGUUGGCUCCUACUUAUGAGGAAAGGGACCACAGUGAAGGUCAGACUCUGAACUUCAAUCCUGAUGAUGACACUCUAAGUGCAGCAGAGAAAGAGUCUGUAGCCAACAUGCCAGUUAUAACCUCUGUGGUAUCAGAAGCAAACAGUGACCACCAGCUCCUCUCUCCCAACUCUCAUGAAGCUGAGAGCCAAGAUCAGAAAGGAGGCAAGCAUGGAGACUCAGGAUCAACUAGAAAUGCAGAGCCAGAACCAAAGAAGAGACGACUUAAGAGCAGAAGACCCAGCAACAACGUAGACAACACUAACGUGUCAGAGAUUCACGCUAAUACUCAAACAGAGCUCCCACAGCAACAUGUCUGUAAGGAGGAGGAGGUUCUCUCUGACCAGCAGCUCUGUAUUCAGGAGAGGAACUCCAGUCUGGACCAAGAGGACCCAGAGCCUCCACAGAUUAAAGAGGACCAGGAGGAACUGUGCACCAGUCAGGAGGGAGAGCAGCUUGUACUGAAGCAGGAGACUGAUCCCUUUAUGUUGGCUCCUACUUAUGAGGAAAGGGACCACAGUAAAGGUCAGACUCUGAACUUCAAUCCUGAUGAUGACACUCUAAGUGCAGCAGAGAAAGAGUCUGUAGCCAACAUCACGUCAGUUCUAACCUCUGUGGUAUCAGAAGCAAACAGUGACCACCAGCUCCUCUCUCCCAACUCUCAUGAAGCUGAGAGCCAAGAUCAGAAAGGAGGCAAGCAUGGAGACUCAGGAUCAACUAGAAAUACAGAACCAGAACCAAAGAAGAGACGACGCAAGAGCAGAAGUCUCAGCAACAACGUAGACAACACUAACGUGUCAGAGAUUCACCCUCAUACUCAAACAGUGUGA